CCUGCAUAAAGUAACGUUGUGUAGUUUGUCGGGUAGGUCAGUUGAAAUUCGGUUUUAUUUUGUUUUAUCACAUUUACUGUUGUUUAAUCGGACUCCUGCUUAUAAAGAUGUUUUGUAUUCACAACUACGAUACAAACUUCAAAUUCUAAGAAACUAUACAGAAAACAGAAGCAACAAGUUUUCACUACACCACAGACGGCACCUAACAGAAGACUUUCUAAAAGCGGCGUUUGAUCUUAGAGGCAGAUGUGUCAGGUUAAACAAAGAUCAAAUACAAGAACUAGAGCCAUUAGUUGAAGAAUGUAUUAGUUCUAUAGAUGCCUGUAUUUACUAUCAUGGAAACACAUUUAAUGUUGAUAAAGGACCACAGUAUUUGGCUCUAAGGUCAGGGCUUCAGUUUAUGAUAGAAGACUUUGAAUCAUUACAAUUGGAAUACAGUGUAGGAUAUUCUGAAUUUACAGAAAACGUUGACUUUUUUACUGAACGUUUAAAAAACUGGCAGGAAAGUUUCGGAACUUUUUGUUUUUACGAAAACGUCACACACCGUGCUGAAGAUCUGCGAAAACCAGACGGGAUUCCUGAAGAGCAUACAUGGUGGUUUCCUACAGACUUUAAAUAAAAGCAUGGGGUAUUCCUGAUGAUCAUGCAUAGUGGUUUUCUACAGACUAAAACUGAAAACAGAGGGUAUUCCUGAUUAUCAUGUUUAGGUUUCCUAAAGAUGUUUGCAUAAUUUAAAAAAACAACAACAUUUGAGCAUCUAAACUGUUCCCUAAAAUCCUGAACACGUUACUUAAAUAUUGUACCAUUUCGAUGUCUAAAAUGUAAAAUGCGUGGUUUUGAAAUAAUGGAAAACAACAAUCACAAAUUUAGGAAUAUUAAAACCAUUGAAACCUACAUAGACACAAACCAGCAAUGGUGGGAAAUUAACCAAUAUUCAAAAGAUCUCUUGCGUGAUCAAUUAGCAUUUUUGUUUUUUGCAGACAAAAAGGUAAUUUAUACUGAAGAAGAAAUAGAAACUCUGGAAUCUGUUGUGACAAUAGUUAUGACGCAUGACGAUAAAAAGUUGGAAUCUGUUCGCGUCUCGUUGAUUUUGAGGUAUGAUGCAACAAUAGACAAUAAUGUGACAGUUUGGUCACCAAUAUUCCGAUUUAAAAAGUUAUCUUCACCAAAAUAUUACUUUAUGGACAACAAUAUGCAGGUAUGCGAAGAAAUAGACAAUAAUGAAUAUGUUUACGUCUGCAUUGGUUAUGAGUCUUUGAAUGAGACAAAUGGUAACAGCAUUACAAGCAAUACAUGUGUUUGUUUUCCGGGAAAGAAUUUGCGAUAUCCGUUUGCUUUGAUUUCAAAUAAUCCUACUUGCGACGACGGGAAAUCACCCGCCAUUAACGAUCUUAAAAAAUGCUUUAAUAAUUUAACCAGCACAACACUAAACGAAAAAGAUGAGACCGUCAAGAGGUUGUUACCAGUGUUAAUUUUUAAAUUCACAAUUAACUCCACGUUUCUAGAAGACAUCAUCGAAGCAUUGAGAACACAACUAGAAACUAAAAUUGUGGACGCUCUGCUAGAGGGUUACAGAGAAGUGAAUGGUGAAACACAGACAGAACUCGGGAACGCUUAUUUUAUUAAAGACAUUCUUCAUAUUGUACAGCACAGCAAUUUAUUUGAAAAGAUUAAGCUUACAAUAAACUCUUUUUUAAGUAUAUCAAAGUUCUUGACCCUACAAUCUAAAGCCUUUGUACAGCUUUCAGAAGAAGAAAAAGUUGGAAUACUUAAUCCAGAUUCAAACCAGCAACAAUUAAAAGUAACAUUAAAAAAAUAUCGUUUCUUUCUCGAUACAGAACUUGUCAAAGCUGAACAAAAAAUUAGUGAGGAGCUCUCGAAACUUGAAAAAUGUUUGUUGAAUGAUUUAGAUUUAUUGAAAGGUCUAAGGCCUUUUCAAAUAAUAAGGCUUUACAAAAUAUUACGUGACACGUUUUUAAAUUUCAACAAUACGUUUAUAGAUCUAGGCAUAGAGAUAGCUAAGUUGUUGGGUAUAACAACGUUUGAGAAACUCGAUGCUGUGAUGGAAUUUGCAGCUACACUUUUACAUGAAAAAUCAUCUGAAUUAAAAGAAGAAGAUGAUAAAAGAGCUGAAGCAACAAAACAAAAAAUUAAUGAGAUUAAAAAGCAGGUAAAGGAUGGCAUAAUAUCAGAGGAUGAAGGUAGACUACAAAUUAAACAAGAAAAUGCAAAACUUAAUGGACAUAACUUUAAAAAAGGUGAAAUUCGAUGUAAAAUUCGUUACAAAAGAUUUGAAAGAGCUUCUGAAGAAUUACGCAAAGAGUUAAAAGAAAUUUGUAACAGAUUUGUUGAAUUGACAAGUGAAUAUACACUAUUCAGCCAAGGUGAAAAAUUUAACUUUGCUGAUCCUAUGCUUGCAGUUUCACAUUACAAGAAACAUGGAAAAGAUUAUUGGAAGAAUGGUGUUAAAGUUAUUCUAACAUUCCAAAGGUAUUUGCAAAUGGCACGAAAAAUGUUAUCUAGGAAAGACAUAGAAUCUACUUGGGAGCAAGAUGGAAGUAUUAGAAGUUUUAAAGCUGAGAACAAAAACAAAACAAAAAUAGCUGUCAGAAAAAACAACAUUAUUGCAACUUUAUUUUUUGCUAUUUAAUUUUAUGUUCUGUUCUUCUAUAAA